AUGAGCGCAAGCAAGACGGAGAAGAAGAGGUCAGCAACCGAUGACCGGAAAGACGAGAAGAGGACCAGGACUGACCGCCGAGCAGAGAGGUCAGACCGAGCUCGGAGUCCCGAAUACACCCCCUUGAAUACGUCGCGGAAGGAGAUCUUGAUGCAAAUUCAAGAUGAUGGACACAUCUGCCGACCUCGGCCGAUGCAAGCCAAAUCAUCCCGGAACCCCAACAAAUACUGUUUAUUCCACAAAGACACUGGACAUGACACGGAAGACUGUUAUCAGCUGAAAAGAGAAAUUGAAGAGUUGAUCAAGGCAGGGCACUUGAAGCGGUACAUCAAGGGGAGCCGGGAAGAGCGUGGAAGUCGACGGUCCGAAGACCGCGACCAGAAGAAAGCCGAGCCAAGGUCCGAGAGUCAAAUGGCCGAGCGUGAUGAGGAGAAGGCCGAGCCGAAAAGAAAGAUGACAGAUCCGGGCCGAGUAAUGACAAAGGAGCUCCCAUAUACACUAUCCUUGGAGGGCCCGACCAAGAAUCCACCUGGAAGGCUAAGGCAAAUACGCGGUUCGUUGGGGUCGCGGAGAUGCAGAGCAAGAGGCCGAAGUCCGAGGCGACUAUCUCCUUCUCCGAGGCUGACCUCGAAGGUAUAA